CAUGAAUUUGGCGUGGCACUACAUUAUAAUUCUCUGUAUAACACGAAUAGUUAAACUUCAACCAAAGAUAGGAGCUUCAAAAAUGAAUCGUUUGCUGUUCACCCUGACUGUUCUUGUUCUGAUGGCUGUACCUGGUUGUGCCUUGAAAUGCUAUGUGUGUGCUGGCACUGAAGAUACUUGCAGCAAGAGCAAACUGGAAAGUAACCGAGCCGUCUAUUUGAAGGAAUGUUCUUCGGUUUUUGACAGGUGCGCUAGGAGCUGGUCUAAGAAAGAUGACGUGAACGCUGUGGGGAACGACUGCGCCAACGAAUCCACCUGUAACUAUGCAAAAGAGCUUUGUGACAAGCUUAAAGAUAAUAUCAAGGACUACGAGUGCGGGGUUGGUUGCUGUACUAGCGAUGCCUGUAACGCAGGCUCACCUGUGACCUUUAGCUUCUUCCUAUUGACCGUCUCCUCUGUUCUGGGCCUGGCACUAAUGAAGUAGACGCAGACCAAGUAAAGAUGCUGACGUGUUCCCUGCACUGAUUAAUAGUAGUUUUAUUGGGCAGGAUGGAAAGUCAUUAUUACUCGCACACAAAAAAGUAGAUUUGUAGAUAUAAGUGACUUUACAUUUGUAAGCCUGUUAGUUUGAAUAAACAUUUUAAAAUGAU